AUGUCCAAUGCAUACCCAGAAUAUAUUGAAGAAAAUAAUGGUGAAUGGUGCUUUGGAUGGUGUGUACUUGGAGCCUUGCAUCCAGUUAAAGUCCAUCCAGAAAGAAAUCUGCACAGGGUAUAUGCUAAUUAUAUAGAUGAGUUAGAUAUGGAGGGUAUUCCAGUUCCCGUGCCAGUCUCAACACCAUAA